AACUUUUGCUUCUAGGUUUAGAUAUAUUGCCCUUUGAAUCCAAGAAUCUGAAAACGGAAAUCGACACUUCAACCUACUCCACACAACGUUGCCAAAACUGUAGCUCUCGUUCUCUAUAUGUGUGUGUGUGUGUGUGUUUAUAUGCUGUUAGAAACACAUGUCCAGAGCUAGGAAAACAAAAACCUUAAAAUGUCAGCAUAAAUCAAAGUCUAGGUUUUCCUUUUACAUCAACAUAUAUAUACAUAUAUACAACUAUUUAAAGCCCCCCCAUCUGCAGAUAAUUUUAUGAAAAACUGCAGUUUAAUUUUUCGAGGUAAAUUGGUAAAAGCAGAAUGCUGCAUUGCUUCAAGAGAAAGAAAAGAAGGACAGGAAGCACUGAGAAGAAAGCAGCCAGUUCAAGCAUUGCCAAGAGAUGGAAGAUUCUAAGUGGCCUAAACCAUUGGGAUGGCCUUCUAGACCCUCUAGACCUCGACCUCCGUCGCUACAUCAUCCACUACGGCCAGAUGGCGCAGGCAACCUACGACACGUUCAACUCCGAGAGGGCCUCCAAGUAUGCCGGGAGCAGCAGAUAUGCAAAGGGCAACCUCUUCUCUAGGGUUGGGGUGGACAAGGGCAACCCGUUCAAGUACCGUGUCACCAAGUACUUCUACGCGACCUCAUCAACCCAGCUGCCCGACGCCUUCAUCAUCAAGUCGUGGUCAAGGGAGGCGUGGAGCAAGGAGUCGAACUGGAUUGGCUUUGCAGCCGUGGCCACGGAUGAAGGGAAGUCUGCGUUAGGCCGGAGGGACAUCUUGAUAGCGUGGAGGGGCACGGUGAUGACGCUCGAAUGGAGCAAUGAUUUCGAGUUCGCGUUGGUUUCUGCACCGGAUGUGUUUGGAGGGGAUGAUGAGGUUAAGGUGCAUCUUGGUUGGUAUUCAAUCUACACUUCUGAUGAUCCAAGAUCACCUUUCAAUAAAACCAGUGCUAGAAACCAGGUUUUGGCUGAGGUGAGGAGACUUGUAGAGGAAUACAAGAAUGAGGAGAUCAGCUUAACUAUAACUGGACACAGCUUAGGUGCUGCAGUUGCUACUUUGAAUGCAAUUGACAUUGUCACAAAUGGAUACAACAAGCCCAAGGGCAUGCCCAACAAGGCGUGCCCCGUCACAGCCUUCAUCUUUGCCAGCCCACGCGUGGGGGACGACAAUUUCAAGGCAUUCUUCUCAAAUUUACAGAAUCUUUACAUCCUGAGGGUGAGGAACGCGAGAGACGUUGUCCCAACCUACCCGUUGCUAGGGUACACGGAGGUCGGGGAGGAGCUGGGGAUCGACACGGGGAAGUCGGCUUACUUGAAGAGCCCGGGGACUGUGAACAGUUGGCAUGCCUUGGAAGGGUACCUGCAUGGAGUUGCAGGGACACAAGGGAGUAAAGGUGGUUUCAAGCUUGAAGUUAUGAGAGAUAUUGCUUUGGUUAAUAAGCAUAUGGAUUGUUUGAAGGAUGAAUAUUGUGUUCCUGAAUCAUGGUGGUGUGACAGAAACAAAGGCAUGGUGCAGUUGGAAGAUGGCUCUUGGGAAUUGAUGGAUCAUGAGAACGAUGCAUUUUGAGUGUUUAAUUAUGUUUGGAGGGUUUAAUUCAAGAUAUUGAUGAAAUAAUGAGAUUGAACAUGCAAAAAAUUCUCAUUACAAUAGAACUGAAGACAAAUUUGGAU